AUGGGUCUACUCAGGCUUAUUCAAGUCUAUCUUUGUACUGCAGUGGUGGUUUUAUGUAUAUUGAACUCAUCUGGAUCAGUGGUUCUUAUUCGUUUUGAUGAAGCUCCACAGGCUCGAUCAAGGUUCUCUACCGCCAUUUUCCGGUACUCGGUUAUAAGGCCAAAUGGCUCAAAUGCCUGCACGAACAAUACUGGGUGUUCCAUUUACUGCGAGACCAAACUGGUAUUUGAACAGCUUGACGGCCAAACUCUUAUACCAUGCCCUGCGGAUGUCAUAAUAUUGAGAAACUUGACUGUCAAUCAGGAACACAUUUUCCACCUCAACAUUACAACCAAGGAUGGAGAGAGAAACUCUUCGUCUUAUUCAUGGUUCAUUGAUACAAUACCACCAACUGCAACAAUUUUCAGCAAACAGAGUUACACAAAUGCGGAAAAAGUAUCCAUUGAUGUUACAUUCAGUGAAGCUUGCACUGGAAAUGGGGGAUUUAAGUGUUUGAACAUGUCUAAUUGUGAUGUCACCAUAGAUGGUCCUGCCCAAGUGGACGCAUCUUCGCUGAGGAUAAUCAAACGUGACAUCAAAUAUAGCCUCGAUAUUAUUCUGUCCUUAGAAAGUACUUAUGCACAUGUGGUAAUUAAAAUGGCAAAUGAUUUUUGUACAGACCUUGCAGAGAACAAUUUCACAAGGACACCUGGUUCAACUUUUAUUGUUCACUUGGAUAGAAGACCAGUGCAAGUGGAUUUAUGGACUUCAAUUCAAUCCUACGAGUUGGAGAUUAAUGGGAUCCCAAGAACUGUUAUUGCAACUAACAAAGUGGAGGACUUGACAGUUUUCUUGGACUUCAGCAUUCCUAUUACAGGUUCAAUAGAACAGAUCCAGAAUGCAUUACACGUGAACUCGGGUAACAUGAUACCUAUUCAUUCAAGAAGUCAUGGAAACCGAAGAUUUGCCUUUGAACUGAAGAAUAUUUCUAGGACUGAAAUAGUUACUGUGGAACUAGAAGCAGCUUCAGUAAUAGCCAGGACAGGGACUCCUGUGUCACCUGUUCCCCCAAUUACAUUCCUUUAUGAUUGCACGCAGCCUGGUGUAUGGCUAAGUACAAGCUCACCAAGAGUUACAAAAGAGUCCAACAUCAACGUGAUAAUUGAGUUUACAAAACCAGUUUUGGCUUUGAGGCCUCCAAGGUUUGAAAAACUUUCAAGAGCUCUAUACUCAUUGACAGUCCUGGCAGUAUCUCAGAAUGUAUCUGUCAUUGUUGCGGCAGGAGAAGUGUAUGAUAUCUCGGGAAAUCUGAAUUUAGCUUCAAACCAACUUGAAGUCGGGCAUUCGAUAGGCACUAUAACUACUGGAGGUGCCAACACAAUUUUUUCUGACCCAUCAAUGAAUUUACAUGGAAUGGUGGGACACCUACAAGUGUUCGUCCUCUGUGACUGGCUCUCAUUUAACUUACCUGCAGAAUAUUCUGAGACAGUUAAAGGUCUCAGGUGGCUUAUUCCUCACGAGAAACUCCCUUGGAAAAGUGAAAGUUCGUUAACUUGGCCCAACCAUUUACAUCUGGCUGACGCAAGGUCUGGAAUGAAAGUUAGUGGCAGCUCCAAUUGGUUCUCCUCUUCAAAAGAAUUUCAACAUCCGACUGCCUUGAAUCUAACCAAUUUCUCCAACCAUUUGAAUCAUUGGCUACCAUUUCUAACUAAUUACUCGAAUGAUAAUCGGCUCCAUCCACAGCAAAAUAUGAUCAUGAAAAACUCAGCUUAUGGUCUACCCCUAGAUUCCAAUGAAUAUUUUACUUAUUUCCUGCGAGGAGAGCCAUUCUCUGCUAGUGGUGUGGUUAAGAGGCUGGAGAAUUACACAGGGUGGCAGGACUUAGAGAUGAACUUGUUCUGGCUUGGUGUGGAAGGAGGCAGUUUACUCAUAAUCCAUGCUUUGACCUUAAUUUUUGUAAAAUGGAGGACUCAAGUGUCAGCUCAUGGGACACUUUCAAUACCAAGGUUUGAGCUGUUUCUUCUGAUUCUCAUGCUACCUUGUGUCUCUCAAUCUUCAGCGUUUGUUAUAAGAGGUGGUACGACAAAGGGAAUUCUCACUGGGGCUUUGUUGCUAGCCAUCCCAGCAGGUCUUAUUCUAUCAGUGUGCCUCUUUCUUACGAUCACAAUCUUCUCUGGCAGCUUUGCUCAGUAUAAGGAAGUUAAGCAGAUCGGCACCAAAGAACCAUGGUAUAUGAAGCUUUGGCAUCUGUUCACCGGGAGGCCUACCACUGGAAAGUGGUUUUAUAGAGAAGGGCUGACUUCAUCAUUCCUCCCACGAUUUGGGAUUCUAUUUGAGAACCGGAAGGGUCCUCCAUUUUUCGUGUUACUUGAUCAAAAUGACCCGAACAGCAUACCCAAGUGGAUUGAAAGUGGCCAAAAUGGGGUAGGAAGAAUGAGAGCAGUCAGCUCAGAUGACAGUACUGAGGAUACCAAAAUUCCUAUGCUCAGGAGAUUCCUGGGAUCGGCCAGAUCCUCCUAUAUCAAUCUUGAUCUUAUAAGGAGAGCCGGUCUGGGGAUACUAUCUGGAGUUCACAAGUCAAGGGGUUCAGGACAAAGCCUUAUAGCGCUAACAAUCACGGUCGUGCAACUGUUGUAUCUGUUAACUCUUAAACCAUACAUCGCUAGGGGAGUUCAUGUUGUGGAGAGCGUGUCUCUCUUGUGUGAAGCAGGCCUCUUUGGACUAUCUAUCAGUAGCAGUAGCUCCAAUCCAGUCAGCGAUAGCAAUUUGGGAUACAUUAUGCUGGCUUUCCUCUUCCUUACCUUUGUUUCUCAGAUCAUAAAUCAGUGGUAUGCGAUGAUAAAAUGUCUUUCAAAAUUCUCACCGCCUCAGAAGAACUCACUAAAACAUGGCCUGAAAAAUGCCACUAAAGGUCUUCUGAUUCCUUUCCUCCCGAGGAGGCAUUGGUCAAGAGUCAUCCCUGGAUCCUCCAAACCAAAAGAAGGCCUCUCUGCAGUCCCUCCUUUGAGUCCAGAAACACACUUUCAAAGACAAGAUGCAAGAGCACCACAUGUUGGCCCAUUAGGAUCCAUGUCUGCAACAGUGGUUCCUAUGCUCAGUCCUGGCUCUCCUGGCUUUAGUACUAAUCCAGUUUCAGGUUCCACAAGUGCAGGAACAGCUGAUCAUGGACAGAAAACAGGGGAGUAA